AUGGCGGACCAAGAAUUGUCUAUGGCAGAGCAGGAGGCGCGUUUGAAGAAGAAAUAUGGCGGAGCGCUUCCGAAGAAAAAGGGGCUUCUUUCGAAGGGUCAUGAGAGAGCUUUCUUUGACUCAGCCGAGUGGGCAAUUCAAAAGCAAAAGGGUGGCGAAGUUAAGCCUCCAGCAGCCAAUGAGGGGGGUCUACAGCCAAAGCUAGAGCCCACCCCGCAUCAACCAUUCCCAGCGCGGAGGUCGUCGCUAUCAGAACCUGAUCAAUGA